GCGAUACCAUACAUCCCACCGCAAAAGCAGCAACCACAAUUACACGCACACAGAGCCAGUAACGGCUAUCGACGGAUACCCUUUCAGUCAUCCCACCCUAUCCUGUCCUAUCCACUGUCUCUCUCAACGAUCUCCACUAUACCGCACACUUGACAUUAUUCCUUACCUAUAACAAUUGAGAAAAAAACCAAAAGCGACGUUCGUUCUCUUGCUAUCGAUAGCCACCCUACGCACAAUCGCAAUUGUUCUACCCGCAGCUGCAAUCAAAAGCACAAGCACGGCUGAGGACUAACAGGUGCUAUGGCCGCGACUACACCACUGAUCAACACUAUGCAGGUCCUACCCCGAGUCAAUGGCGAGAUUAUCGCCGAACCACACCUACAGCAACUACAGCAGCAGCAAGAUAACCGGGUUACUUUUCAGAUACCUCCCGGAUCACCCUCCAUAUCAACACCACCACAACCACAGCAGACAACCGCCUUCGCAGUCGUUGAGGAACCCGUGGACGACUCGGACACAGAGACUCCCAUCGGAUGGAAUGGGGUCACGCGCGAGCCGAUCCAGGAGGGCCAAGUUUUGAAGGCAGGAUAUCUGAUGAAGAAGGGCGAACGACUCAAGAUCUGGAAGCGGAAAUGGUUCGUCCUCCGAACUUCCAAGCUCGCCUACUACAAAGACAGCAAGGAGUACGAACUACUCCGCAUCGUCGACAUCCGCGACGUCCACCGCGCGGCCGAGGUCCCACAGAAACACAGGCCCAACGUCUUUGUCAUCCUCACCCCGCGUAGGACCUUCACGGUUCAGGCUCAGACUCACACGGAAAUGUGUGAAUGGAUUCAGGCUGUCAGCGAAGCCAAGAUCCAGUUCGAGUUCACAGUGUCGAGUUCAGACCUUGAGUCGUCCGCAGGAUCGACGGUGCAUUUGGGUCAGGCGUCGGGGACGGCUCCAACACAGCCGGCUACACCGACGAUGCCGAUGACACCAAUGACACCGACAGCAAAGGUGUCCGGGAUUAUCUUGCCAAGGCGGCAACAGCACACGCCAUUAUCGCUCUCGGAUCCGGAGCUCCUGGACAAGCGAGAAAAGUCACGUCAGAAAAGCAAGGAUGUGCCGCAGCCGUCUCCACUGAGCUGUGCAUCUCCUAAUUACAACCACGAUUUCAGUAAUACGAAUGCGAAUACGAAUAUGAUUACUAGGAGGACGAGUAUACUGGAUCAACCGAUAGUUUGUACACCACCCGCGUCCCCACGUCGUGUAGAGGGUCUUUCAUUGAUCACCACCAACUAUACUCAUAACAGUACACCACCAGCAGGGACAGGGUCAGGGGCGGGGACAGGGACGCAGGCGAUCAAUAUUGCGGCACCAUCCUCUCCACGGAUGGAACAGGUUCAUUCAGCAGCGUACGAUCUUACUGUCGGUUCUUUUUCCUCGGAGCAAUCUUUUACCGAUCAUCCUCCUAGACUAGAAACCCUCCCAGGUACACCGACAUCGCCGGGUGGAUACUAUUCUGGGGGCGAGGCGUUCUUUGGUGGCAACACCAACUAUUUUUCUUCAGGAGACGAGGAUGCGGCGAUUGACGAUGACGAUAACGAUCCAUGCAUGAUGGUUGAGGCUGGACGUGUGGCCUCAGCGGCGAAUGCUCCAGGGUCCGGGAUUGUCACGGCAGAACAAGUUGAGAGCAAGGUCAUCAGACAAGGGUACCUGUUGAAGCUGGGUAACACGUAUAAGACAUGGCGGAAGAAGUGGUUUGUCCUACGAGGGGAUAAACUGACAUACUACAAGAAUAUGAAGGAAUACCAACCCCAUGGAAUCAUCCCCCUUUCGACGAUUAUCGACUGCCUCCAAACAGACCCGGUUUCGAAAUCCAAGCAAUAUUGCCUCCGCAUCGUCACCGCAAAACGUGCUUUUGUCUGCUGCGCGCCCGACGAAGAUACUCUUCUCCAGUGGCUCGACGCCCUCCAAGUCGAAUGCGACCGCGUACAGAUCGAGGCACAAGAGGAAGCCAUCGCGGAACAAAAUGCAGAGCAGCAGCAAGGCCAGCACAACCAUGUCCAACAGGACGGACACGAAAGUGAUCCCGAAAAUGGUGAUGCCACGGAUACGAACACGGCGUUCAACAUUAAUGCUGGGAAGAAGCAAUCGAUGGGUAGGACUGCUCGUCUGAAAAUCAACUUCCACAGCUCCCUGCCUCGCUCGCGCUCGCGGUCAAAAUCUGGAGAUGCUGCUAAUAACGGCAGCAGUGGAGGAGGAGGGAGUCUGUUUGGAUCGAGUAUUGGGAGCCAAAUAGGAUUCGGUGGCGGAGCAGGAGGCCAGCUUAGAAAGGUCGUGAGUCUGGAAAAUGGCAACGUUGCCACAUCUUCCACGCCUGCCACCCCAACAGGCAUUGCUCCUACGACUCCUACUCAUUAUCAACCCGAGCUUCCAGCCUCGAGUGCCACGAUGACAUCCUCAGCAUAGCGGCGCGGCCUGGUUACGCCGGCUUCACAGAUUCCCUGCACAUAGUCCUUCAUUUUCCUCGCGAAUAAUACAACCCUUUAUCUUGUCGCAACCAUA